AUGACACUUUCAAGGACUGUAUCGCAGCUCCACUUGUGGUCGUUGCUCAGCACAGCUACGCUUCUGUUCCUUCUAGGCGAGACUCUGGGUGACGAUUGGGACGAGAGGGUCGGGGGUGGUGCGUACCCGGCAGUGGAGUAUGUCGCCGAAAAGACGAGUAAAACCUACAACAUUCCGCUGGAACUGAACGAAGAUCCGUUCUUUCUGGUUGAGUGGUCCACCGAAGCUAGUCUUCAACGUCGCAAGUCUCGGUUUAUGUUGCCUCCAGGUAUUCUCCUGGUUGCAUCAAUCGCGACUGCCGCGCUGCUCUUUGUAUGGAAUACAAGUGCGGACUUACCGUUUGGGUUGAAGAAGAAACAAGGAAGUAAAGAAGCCGGUGCCCAACUUUCUGUCGAAUCAGAGGACUCAGAUGCCCUCUUAGAGUCCGAGUAUGGCACGGUUGUUGACAGCAGUUCGGUCCUUCAGUCCAUUCUGCGGGAGCUUUCAGUAAACUUUGGGAGCGCCACGGAAGAAACACUUGAGAGGAAGAAAAUUGCCGUAGAGCUAUUGAAUGAUUUUAAUAUUUCAGAGUCAAUAUCGCCAGGGAUGUUUGAAAUCAUUGGGUACCUUUUGGAAGCGACCGACAAGUUGGCGGCCCCAGCAAAGGGUAUAAACCACGCUCUAGAGGUUUUGCAGCUUCCCCUCUCGGACAGCCAGGCGAUUUUUCGCUUGAACAGCACACUUGAGGAGCUCAACACGGGUAUGCAGGAGCCCCUAUAUGAUUCGUUUCUUAAUGUAUAUAUGGAGGCAGCCCGUUUGUACCUUGGAGUUGGCGAAGGAGCUCAGUCUGACCCUACGCACCUGCAGCCCGACGUCCAGCCUGCAGCACUGGGGAGAGGGAUCGGAAUGCUGGGGCCGUCUGGCAUUGGAGAGUCAUCAGGGAAAGGACAACGAGUUUUGACGAAACUGUCCGAAUGGCUCGAAGCUCUCUUCGCCCAACAACGUUUGCUAAUGGAAGCCGCACCAGUUGUAUCGAAAGCAGUGGCAGACGUGCGGGCGGCGUACGAUUUGCCAUAG